AUGAACUUUGGCCAGGCAGAACGUGUUGGUUAUAAGAAACACAUCAUACCUAUCUUUGGAAGCUUCCUCCACAGGUGCUACUCUAAAGAAGACUGUCAAUCCCGUUCGCUUCCAGAAGAGGAAGGACUGCUGCCAAUGGCAGACCUUCAAUUCGAUGAGGCAAACGCGACAGUUCAUACUCUUGCUGAUGGGAACCAAAGUUCAGAGGCAUCCGGCACCGGAGCCAUAGUCACCGAAGACGUUGCGUCCACGUCACCUUUGCGCUUGGCGGCGGCAGAUGAUCGUGCGGAUCACAACCCUUUCCCUGUCGACCUUGCAUCCGACGAUGAGGGUAACGGUGGUGCAGAUGAGCCACAUUCACGUGGCCCCUCACCAGCUCUCUCGCUUCCCGUCAGUAGGCCACCAUCCCCCCCACAACAACCUCCCUCUGCUGCGCAAGUCUCAUCGGAGCAGCCCUCGUCAGCAUUGAACACACGUGUGGAAUCACCAAGCAGUCAAGUUGCCGCCUCCUCUGCGGCGAAGGGUGUCACCAAGGCCAAGAAAGGGAGGAAGAAGGCCAAGCCCACUGUUUCAAAGGUGGACCGUCCAAAGCACAAGGCUGCCGCUGCGACAGCUGAUUCAACCUCUGCUGGUGGUGCUCCGCCUCCUAAAAAGAAAACAAAGCAUUCCUGGCAUUACGAGGAUGAAUUUGGACGUCUCGUCGACAAAGAAGGACGUCGUAUUGACGCCAAGGGAAAUAUUAUUCCGCCUGAGCGCCUUGAUGCUUUUGGGAACGAGAUUGUCACAGGAGUUGAGGGGAGUGUGCCGAUGUAG